GUCCUUCAGUUAUAUUGCAAAUGCAAUCAUCGAUGUUUCAUUUUAAAAAUUAAAAAAAAAGUCAUUUAUUAUUUUUUUUUAAAAUGAAUUAUAUAACAAGUUUGUGUAUAAUAUUUUUCAUAAAUUUAUCAAAAAUAAACGGUUCGCCUCAAAUAACGAAGCUAGUGCCGUUGGAUGACUGGAUUGCCUUCAAAGAACGUUCAAGUCAAGUUAAACCGUUGGAUAAAUUAUUUGGAAAAUUGCGAGCGACUUAUGAUUUUAUAUUUCACAGACCUGAUAAUGUCAGCAAUGUCGAAAAAAUAAUUGCUGAUGACAAGUCAUGGAAUAGCGAAGAAAAUUUAAAUAACAAAAAUAAUGAUAAAUUUAUUGCUCCAAUGUUGCCAUUAUUCAAUCACAUUGCGUUUAAAAAUAAUAAUAAUAAUAAAAAUGAAGAUGAUGUAAAUAAAAAUUUAUAUAUUCAAUUAUAUCCAAAAGAAAAUGUAAUAAUGUCAACACAUGAGAGUUCAAUAUCUCGUAUAUCCAAAGAUAAUGAAUGGCCGGAUGAUAUAGAGACUAUAGAACCAUUGAGUCAAGUAGAAAUUGAUAAUGAGAAUAUUGAUAGAUCAGUUGAAGCAGUGACACCAUCACAAUCAGGAUUUCAAUUUCCCAUUGCUGUAGUUCGUGCUUUUGCCAAGUGGCUUGAAUCCAUUCUCGGUUACACACAUCAAGCUUAUUCAAUAAUUACUCAAAAAAAUAACUCAUUCGUUCAUUAAUUAUUAUUACUUUUUUUUCUCACAACUACACAAAAAAAAAAAUAUUUUUAAUCAAGAAAAUAUUUUGGAAGACAAAUGUUUUCAGGAACCAAGUCAAGAUUUUCUUGAGCCAAGAGAAUUUGUCGGUCAGAGAAAAUUUCUACUUUAUCCGAGAAAAUUUAGGUUUUCAAAAAAAUUUUCUUGAAUCACAAAAUUUACUUUCAGUCGAGAACUUUUUUUUUCUGUGUAAAGAUGUGCGAAUAGUUUGAAUUUACGAACUAUUCGAUUCGAAAUCAGAAUCGAUUAUUUCGAAAUUUUGGAUACUUCGAAUUAUUCGUAAUGGUCUGUUCGGACCCCCCGUCCGGCGCAAUGGGGCGCCCCCGUAUACCCGGGAAAAUUAAAAUUCAUAAUUAAAUUAUUAGAAAAAAAGUUAAUUACCAAUAAAAAACAAUGUAUAAAUUAUCAAAUGUUUCGAUUAAAGUGAAAUUCAAGUAAGCGAAUCUGAAUGUAUGAUUAUGAAUCAUCUUUAUAACUAGUAUCAAAAUGAAUAAAGAAAAAUGACAAUUGUUAAUUAAUAAGAAACAUUAAUAAAAAUCAAUUUUAUUAUGCUACAUGCACACACAAUUUACACACGCACAUUUACUGCAGACAGAUAGUAUGAUAAAAUCGAUUUUCAUUUAUAUAUUUUUCAAGGCUAUUCUCAGACAGUGCCCCCAAUUAGCACACUUGAUAAUUCAUACAUUUUUUUUUUUUUAUUGGUAAUUAACUUUUUUUCUAAUAAUUUAAUUAUGAAUUUUAUUUUUCCCGGGUAAAUGGCGAGCGCCCCAGUUCGCCGGGCGGAGGUCCAAACACACCAUAAGUUUUCGAAUUAUUCAAAAAUUUACGGAUAAUUCAAAAAUUUUCUUUAGGAAAACUUAAAAUUGUAAUAGUUUUUGUAAUAAUUCAAAUUUUUGUCAGAGGUAAAUAGAACCCAGACAUGAAUCUACAAAAAAAUUGUUUGUGGUUAAUUUAAAAACUUAGCUCACCAUUAAAUAAAAAUUGAAUAUUUGAAAGCUGACCAAAAUUUCCUCGAUUAAAAUCGAACAAUUUGAAAAGUUACAAAUCGACGUUCUAAUUAGUGAGUUGUUAUUCUUAAUAUUUUUUAGUAGGUGAUUAUGUGCAAUUUUCAGAUAGUAAUAGUAAGAAAAAAUAUUAUUUGAGUAACCUAGACUAAAAUAUUAUGUAUAUACUAGAUAUGGAACUGAUUUUUAGAUGAAAAAAUUUUUAAAUUACUUUCUUUUUUACAUAAAUGGAGGAUUUUCUGAAAUGGAGUUCGACAAUUUGCUAAUUGAAACGUCGAAAUAAUUCGAAAACUUUCAAAUAAUUUAAAAAUUGACACAUAAUUUGAAAAGUUAUGAAUUAUUUUAAAAGAUUCAAGCAAUACGAGAAGAUUUGAAGUAUUUGAAUAUUUCAAACUAUUCGAAGUUUCGAAUUAUUUGAAAAUUUGAAUUCUUCAAUUCAAACCCAAUUCGCACAUCCGUACUCACAACAUAAUCGAUACUAAAAAUGUAUUUACAUAUCUAUGACUUAAUAUGUGUAAUCACUGUACUUUCAUUUUAAAUAAAAUUAAAUAUAUACUAUUUUCUAUAUAAAUA